CUUUUACAGAGUUUAGUCAUAAACCUAUCUUGGUAGUUGUAGUUCCCGUAGUCAGACUGUUUCCUUGUAGCCUUCAUGAGGCGGAUUCUGCUCAGCAGAGGGAAGUAGAUAUGAAAAUAGGGGCCAGGAUUGUGUGAAUUUCUGGAAAUAUGUCCAAGAAAAGGGGCAGAAAGCGUAGCAGCGGCGAGCUGAGUGAGAGUUCGGGUUUGUCUCUGUCGUCGACCCUAGACCCUAACAACCUGCUGGGCCUGCGGAUUGAGCACAAUUGGAGGGAGAAGGGCAACCUGACCAAGUGGAAAGGCACAGUGCUGGAGCGCCUCACCGUCAACACCUCCCUGUACAUGGUCAAAUAUGACGGCUUCGACUGCGUCUAUGGCAUCGAGCUGUUCAAAGACGAGCGGGUGUCCAACCUGCAGGUUUUAACAGAGAAAGUCGUAAACAACAAGAUCAAGGUGCCCCACGAUGCGCCAGAGUUGGUGGGCAAGGCUGUGGAGCACCUGUUUGAGAAGGAGGACGGUGAGAAGAAUGAGUGGAGGGGCAUGGUGCUUUCUCGCGCCCCCAUCAUGACCAACUGGUACUACAUCACCUAUGAGAAGGACCCUGUGCUCUACAUGUACCAGCUCUGGGACGACUAUAAGGACGGAGACCUCCGCAUCCUCCCUGAAGCUGAGAACAAACACCUGCUGCCUGCGGACAGGAAGCCAGGCGAGGAGACAGAGAGCCUUGUGGGUAAGCAGGUGGAGUACGUCACUGAUAAGGGCGUGAAGAGGACUGGGCUGGUUAUCUACCAGGUUCCCGCCAAACCCUCCGUCUACUACAUCAAAUACGACGACGACUUCCACAUCCACGUUUAUGACCUGGUCAAAACCACCUAGAAUACAACUAGACCUUGUCAAAACCACCUAGAAUACAACUAGACCUUGUCAAAACCACCUAGAAUACAACUAGACCUUGUCAAAACCACCUAGAAUACAACUAGACCUUGUCAAAACCACCUAGAACACAACUAGACCUUGUCAUAACCACCUAGAAUACAACUAGACCUUGUCAUAACCACCUAGAAUACAACUAGACCUGGUCAAAACCACCUAGAAUACAACUAGACCUGGUCAAAACCACCUAGAAUACAACUAGACCUUGUCAAAACCACCUAGAAUACAACUAAACCUUGUCAAAACCACCUAGAAUACAACUAAACCUUGUCAAAACCACCUAGAAUACAACUAAACCUUGUCAAAACCACCUAGAAUACAACUAGACCUGGUCAAAACCACCUAGAAUACAACUAGACCUGGUCAUAACCACCUAGAAUACAACUAAACCUUGUCAAAACCACCUAGAAUACAACUAGACCUGGUCAAAACCACCUAGAAUACAACUAGACCUUGUCAAAACCACCUAGAAUACAACUAGACCUUGUCAAAACCACCUAGAAUACAACUUGACCUUGUCAAAACCACCUAGAGUACAACUAGACCUGGUCAAAACCACCUAGAAUACAACUAAACCUUGUCAUAACCACCUAGAAUACAACUAAACCUUGUCAUAACCACCUAGAAUACAACUUGACCUUGUCAUAACCACCUAGAAUACAACUUGACCUUGUCAAAACCACCUAGAAUACAACUAGACCUGGUCAAAACCACCUAGAAUACAACUAAACCUUGUCAUAACCACCUAGAAUACAACUAAACCUUGUCAAAACCACCUAGAAUACAACUUGACCUUGUCAUAACCACCUAGAAUACAACUAGACCUUGUCAAAACCACCUAGAAUACAACUAGACCUUGUCAAAACCACCUAGAAUACAACUAGACCUUGUCAAAACCACCUAGAAUACAAUCUGACCUGGUCAAACCUACGUAGGAAGGACUUUCUAGUCCCCCCGCCUCAGACCCUCACACCUGUACACCCACCUUGAGGUCGACUCCCAUUUGAACUCAGUCAAUUCAGGAAGUGAGUUCAAAAUUCAGUAUUUACCAAAUCGAAAUAUUGAGAAGCUUAAUUCAUCAAUGGAAUUUGAAAACCUCCCCUGAGUUGACUGGAUUGAAAUGAAACUCUGCAAACCUGACACAUUAUUGUGGACAUGUUCCCUGCCUUGUCUCAUCUAAUGGGAGAAGGACUAUCAAGGUCAGAAGUUUGCUAAAAGUGUGAAAUCUGUGACUUAGAUCGAGUAGGCUUUUGUAAACAGCUCAAAGCUUACAUCUAUUUAUUUUUCAUUUAAAGUAACUGUCAUACUUUUCCAGAUUUCUAUGAAAUAUGACAAUUAAUUACUUACAAUAUGAGAAAAGUAGUUUUCCUUCCAAAAAAAAGUAAUUAAGUAUGUUAAAAAGCAGCUUUUCUGUAUUUGAAUGGUGUGUGUGUACCCCAACAACAUAAUGGUGUGGGCGUAUACUGGUCAUCACAAAUUUUAAUGCGAGUAGGCCGCUGAUUGGCCAGCUCAUCCUCCUCAGGAGUAUGACAUCAUACUCUAUUUAAACUGUCUGUUUUAGAUACAAGUUUGAGGUGGUGUUUUUGAAGUGUUUAUUUUUCUCCAAUUUAUGCUUUGGCCACAUGAGUAUAGGACGAGUCAACAACAUUAUUUGGCUUAACAGAAUAUUAACUUUCUUUAAAGUUACAUUUUCACUUGACAGUUACUUUAAGAAACAAGAGAUGAAGCAGCAAUGUUUUAUUUUUCUUAACUUAUUUUAGAACAUAUUUAGCUAUCAUUUUUAUUUAUAUAUUCUGAAAUAAAACAUGGAUAAGAACUUUGUACCAGGGCAAAAGCUUUGAUACAAUGUAUUCCCAACUGAUGGUUGUUGACUUGGUUACUAUGGACAAUAGAAUUUGUGUUUUGUUUGGCUAAGGAAGUAGAUAUUAUCAGUGAAAAUGACCUAUGUUCAAAUGUGUUGCUUGAAUAGUGCAAGAAAAUAAUGUUAUUUAAUAGAAAUUAUAAACAAUUGCCAAGAUUUGCCUGCUCAUGUUUCAGAAACACCCACACCAGCUAAGCUCACAUUUUAAUUUGAGAGGAAUUGUUUGACUUAGCUACUAGUUUCAUAAAUUCAGAGGAGUCAUGUUUAAGACAUUUUGGAUUACAACCAACCCGUAGUCAUGGUUGAAUAUUGUAAUAUUUCUGUCAUGUUGUUAGACUGUCAUGCCCGUAACUGUACUUACCUUUUGUAAAUACCUGUAAUGUGUGUCGCAUUUUUAAAAAUACUGCAAAGAUGCUUUGGUAUUAUUUGCUCUUCCUGUUUGAUAUUGAAUAAUGCUUUAUUUUGCGAUUGCAGCCAUUGUUGGUUCAUUAUUUUUCCCCACUAGUGGUCAGGUUUACUUAGCAUUUAAACAUUUUUUUAAAGUAAGGAAUUAAACAUAAAAGGUCAUAAAACUGUUUCAUGUUUCUAACUUUAGUUUUUGUUCUUUGUUCACCUCAGAAAUGAAGGUGUAAAAAUGUCCCUUAUGUGAAUGCUUUUGUAAAGCUGCACAUAUGUUUUAAUGGGGCUAUUUAUCCACACUAAAAAGGUUGAUGUUGAAAUUGACUUUUGAAACUAGCAAUUGUUGAGAGAAGUUGAACAAAGAUAAAGACCUUUUAUCUUUAUCUGUGUGGCCGGUGAAUAUUCCUUUCCAGUAGUGGCAUUUUGCCAGAGAGAUGACAUUUUACAAUGCCUAGAAGGCCCGAAAUAAUUCAAUUUAGUUUUAAAAGUAAUGUUACCUCAAAAUGCCACUUAAUUUAGAUCUUAAAUUCUACAUACAUUUGGAAACUUGUUGUCCUCCUCUCUUGUGUUCUGCUCUGUCAUUCUCACAGUGUUUGCUAGCUAUUAAAACCAUUAAUUAUUUCAUCAUGCCCAUCAGACAGUCAGUGGUAUUCAAAAGCUCUGUUUGGGAAAAUAUCAGAAUUUUCUCUCCUCCCUCCGUUGUUACAGUGCUUUAUUGUGUAGUUUGCAAGUUUACAGGACUGUCGAGAUUCAGAGGAAAUAUAUUUACCAUGUUAUUUUGCUGCUUUCUACAAAAGUUGAUUAUUUAGUAAGCUUACAAGUGUUCAAUUUUCCGUUUUGUCUGUUUGUGUAACAACACUAUCAUGGAUAAUAAAAGAGAUAUUUUUUGCACAA